CCAUACAAAAGUCGUGAAUUUCGGCGCCGGCGCACACUCUACGCCGGUCGCUCGGUACGCGGUAAACUGUUGUGAUAAAAUGAUAAUGAAAGUGAUUUUUGUUUGUGUCUGUGUUGUGGGUGCUUUGGGAAAAGUCACACCGGACUACUUUCCUCAAUGCAAAAGAAGCGACCCACAGAUCGAGAAAUGCGUCCUGGACGCGAUAGAAGCCAUCAAGCCUCGCCUGAAGACUGGGAUCCCAGAAGUGAAUGUCCCAGCCCUGGACCCCUUCACAGUGCCCACUCUUAGGCUGGACAAGACAGCCCCCAAUCUUAGACUGAAGGCCACGGUGAAGCACGCUAAGGCUUUCGGAGGAACUAACUUUGUCAUCGAAAAGCUAAGGUUGAACCUGAACAACAAGUACGCAGCAGAAAUCAAGAUUGUGCUGCCUAAGUUGGCAGUGAUUGCUGACUACGACGUGCGAGGGUCCCGCCUGCUGACACUUGACAUCAGCGGGAAAGGAAAACUGAGGGGAAACUUUACUGGCAUCACUGUUGUGGCGAAGGGGAUCGGUAAGCCGGUCGAGAAAGACGGAGUAGAGUACCUUCAGGCGGAGAAGGUGGUCACCAGGGUGAAGAUCAACCACGGCCAGGUGGCAUUCGAUGACACGGAACGGCCUGUCGCUGCCGCCUCAGCAGCCACCUUCUUCAACGCGAGUCCAGGAGUAGUGCUGGACAUCCUCAACCCUCUGAUCGAAGAGACCAGCGCGGCGGUCAUCAAGGCGUUUGUCAACAAAAUUCUUGGAGCUAUACCUAUUAACGAAGUAUUGGUUGACUGGAAACCAACACCAUGCCACUACAGUGAUCCGAAUGUAGCGGAGUGCAUCCAACGCAUGGCAGAGCAGGCGCGUCAUCUGUUGGCGCAAGGGGUUCCAAGCCUGAACAUCCAGGCUCUGGAGCCGCUGAAAGUCCCCAGCAUCAGGCUACGGCAGCACAACAUGCCGAAGAACAAGUUCAAGUAUGACGCAUGGCUGUCCGAUAUCAUGCUAAGAGGACUGACGAAUUACACCUUCAAUAAUUUGGAGUGUAUAUAUAUUUCAUUGCAUUGUUCUAGUAAACUACAUGAACUGAGGAUGAAGGGAAACUACAAGCUUUCAGGAAAACUCCUGAUGCUGCCUAUUGAGGGCGAAGGAAAAUUCUCCGCCAAAUACGGUGACAUCGACGCUCUAGUGACAAUCGUGCUGGGUCGCAAGCACCAGCCCAACCACUUCGACACUCUCACUUGCGAGGACUUGGACGUCAAGUUCCACAUGGGAUACGCGUCUAUGGAGCUGGAAAAUUUGUUCGGAGGGGACAAUGAAUUAGGCAACUCAAUGAACAAAUUCCUGAACGAGAACUGGCAGAAACUGGCUGGGGAACUGCAGGCGCCAAUGGAGGAGGCUCUUCACGACUUCCUGAGGCCGCUGGCUGAUCAUGCCUUCGCGACCCUCAACGCUGAUGAUAUACUGUCCUCGUGAAUGUAGGAG